AUGUCGGUUCAGCUUGGAGUUUCCGGGGUGCCGGUGAUCCCCCAGGGGACGGCAUAUGGCCUUCUUAUUGGACUUGGAGUGGCAUUUUGCGGUGUCAUCCUAGUUGCCAUCAAAGUGCAAAGGGCCUAUCUAUCGGAAGAUUCAUCAACAUCAGAGAUGUUCAUGGUCGCCAAUCGAUCAGUGGGCACCGGUUUAACGGCGUCGGCGGUGUUUUCAUCAUGGAUGUGGAUUAAUGAGACAGUCUUUUCAGCUGCUUUCUGUUAUAAAUUUGGAUUGGCUGUCCCUUUUUGGUGGGCUACAGGAUUGUGUUUUCAGAUUGCCUUGAUGGCAGCACUUGGUGUUUUGGCCAAGAUUCGAGUGCCAUAUGCUCACACCUCAUUGGAGAUUAUCCGCAUGCGCUAUGGCAAAAUCGGACAUAUUGUGUUUAUUAUCCUAAAUAUCACAAAUAAUGUCUUUGGAUGCGCAUCCAUGAUCCUGACAGGGUCACAGCUCAUAUAUGGCGUCUCCGGUAUGCACUUUGUUGCAGCUACUAUUCUUAUCCCUCUUGGAGUCGUUCUCUAUACAGCAGUGGGUGGUCUUAAGGCCACAUUUUUGACGGACUAUCUCCAUACAGCAGUUGCCUUGAUUCUCAUUAUUUAUUUUACUCUGACUACCUUAACUCACGAGGCUGUCGGAGGCCUUGGGGGUUUAUAUGACAAAGUUAUGGCAACAGCCCCAGAAAAUAUCAUUGCGAGGAAUUAUCAAGGAUCCUUGCUCACAAUGAAGUCCCAGGAUGCAAUUAUAUGGGGCUUGAUCCUAAAAUUCGGAAAUCUUGCCCUCGUCGUCAUGGACACUGCAUUUUGGCAAAAGUCUUUUGCUACUGAGGUCAAAGCUACUGUUCCAGGAUAUAAUCUUGCGGCAAUCGCUAUAUUCGGCAUUCCUUGGGGCCUUGGCACUGUCAUCGGUCUUACAGCAAGGGCCAUUCAUAACACGCCUAUCUUUCCGACUUACCCCGGCGAGUUCUCUCCGAAUCUGGUUAACGCAGGGCUGGUGAUGCCAUAUACUAUCAAGGCUCUUAUUGGCGACAAGGGCAUCGUUGCCUUUUUUGUCCUCUUGUUCAUGGCGCUGACCAGCACUGUCUCUUCCUCCAUGAUUGCUGUCAGCAGCAUUCUAUCAUUUGAUCUUUAUAAAAUAUACAUCAACCCGAAAGCAUCGGACAAGAGGCUUAUGAAAGUCAGCCAUCUUGCUGUCGUUUUCCACACCAUCUUCAUCACCGGCAUCUCGCUGGCGCUUAACUACGGAGGGGCUGAUAUGACAUGGAUCGGCUAUUUCAGGCCUAUUCUCUCUUGCCCAGGUAUUAUCCCGCUGGGUCUGACCCUUGCCUGGUCAAAACAGACACGAUUAGCCGCGAUUGCAUCGCCCAUUUUGGGAUUUCUCACAGGCCUCAGCGUCUGGCUAGCCACUGCCAAGUCGCUCUAUGGAACCAUCAAUAUUGCAACCACGGAAGCAAGUUUCCCAGCCCUGUAUGGAGCCAUUGCUUCAUUUUUCUCCCCUGCUCUUUACUCGGUCGUCAUUUCUCUUUACAAACCAGACUCCUUUGACUGGCGACGGUUUCUGCUUAUCGAGCUGGCAGAAGCCCCAAAAGCAAAGACCACCACCGCCGGGGAAAAGAGCACAGUGAGAGUAUCAACCGAUAGCGAGAUUAGCACGCUUAACCUGGACAAUGUGCGACACCCAUUCAGUGAGGAGACAUUGCAAGAGCUGAGCCGGUGGUAUCGCAUAGCAUGGAUUUUUUUCGUUGCGGUUAUCCUCAUCACCUUCAUCGCAUGGCCAAUGCCCUUAUAUCGCAACUACAUCUUUACCAAGACAUUCUUUUCAAGCUGGACCACUGUCGCUAUAAUUUGGCAAUUCUUUGCGUUUUUUGCGGUAGUUUUGUACCCCUUAUAUGACGGAAGGCACGCAAUUGUUAAAGCAUCUCGAGGUGUUUGGAGGUCGAUUAACGGUAAAUUUAACAAGACAUGA